AUGGAAGAAUGUUCUCAAAUUUCAACAAUACCAGAUCAAGAAUCAAUUGAUAAAGUUGUAACACAAAUUUCACCUCAUCAAAAAACAAUGGAUCCAUCGUCAGUGGGGUUUGUAUAUCAUUGGAUGUUUUCAAUGAUGGCAUCAGCUUUAAAUUUCAAUAAACCAACCCCUUUGCCAACCGAUAAUAUUAUAUUGGACAACAAUGAAAAGGAUAAUAGCGAUGGUGAAAAUUUCAUCCGAUCUUCAUUGGGUAAUAUAAGACUCUCUGCAAGUAGCGAAGAACCUGAAUCCGAUCCAUUUUAUACAAAUAAUCAUCAUGAUAGCAGUGAUGACGAUAGUGAUCAACAAAAUCAAGAUAAAGAAAACGAUGAAAUAGUAAAUAGUAAUAACAAUAACAAUAAUAUAAAUCCUAAUAAAUGUACAAAAAAAGAUGAAAAUAAUAACAAUAGUAUCAAAACAACACAACAUAUAAAUCAAAAUAACUUUUUAACUUUACCUUCUAGUACUACAAAGAAAACAUUAAUUUUAGAUUUGGAUGAAACUUUAGUUCAUUCAACAUUAAAACCAGUAACACAUCAUCAAAUUACAGUUAAAGUUUUAAUUGAAGAUAUGGAUUGUACAUUUUAUGUUAUUAAAAGACCACAUGUUGAUUACUUUUUGGAAAAGGUUUCACAAUGGUACGAUAUAGUAAUUUUCACUGCCAGUAUGCAACAAUAUGCCGAUCCAUUACUCGAUCAAUUAGAUACUCAUAAAGUUUUCAAAAAAAGAUUAUUUAGAGAUUCUUGUUUAGAAAAAGAUGGAAAUUUCGUAAAAGAUUUAUCAAUGAUUGAUCAAGAUUUAACUUCAACUAUUAUUAUUGAUAAUUCACCAAUUGCAUACUCGAAUAACCUUGAAAAUGCUUUACCAAUUGAUAAUUGGAUGGGUGAUAAUCCAUCUGAUACUUCUUUGUUAUCAUUGUUACCAUUCUUGGAAAUCAUUAGACACGUUCAAGAUGUUAGAAGUAUCCUCUCUUUAAGGUUAUUAAAUUCUCAAUAA